AUGACAAACAUUGAGUUUGAAACAGUUAGAAAGAUAGACAAUGACACCAAAGUGGUUAGAAUAGGUGAUUUAAACGUAAGAUACUCAAAGAAAUACAACAAAUAUUCUUUGUCAGACAUUCUAACACUAUCUGGAAAGAAAACAUCCCACGACUGGGUUAGAACUGCUUCUACUCAGAAAAUUUUGACAAGAAAUCCUGAGCUUAUGAUAUCGGUAAGAUUCUAUGGAACUACAGCAUAUCUUAUAGACAAAAGUCUUAUACCAAUAGUUUUGUUAUGGUUAGACCCAGUUGUUGGAUAUAACUUCAUAACAUAUGGUUCAUUCGAUACGGAACGUUGCAGUGAAGGCUUACUUUACAUCGUUCAGAAACCGAAGGACUUCAAUACAAAGAGAUAUAAGAUAGGAAGAACAUAUAAUAUAACUCAAAGAUAUGACAGUACAGUCAAUAGAGUCAAGGUUGUGUUUGUUAACGAUAUGA